AUGGAUGCUCUACUCAAUUGGAAAGCUAGUCUUCAAAAUGAGACACAGUCACCCCUGCCUUCAUGGACUCUCCUUCCUAAUAAUGCAACCAAUUCUUUGAGCUAUCAAAAUACAAGCUCAAGCUCAAGCCCAUGCAGUUGGUUCGGUAUUUCUUGCACCCAAGCAGGAAGUGUUACUACAUUAAACUUGACGAACUCUAGCUCGAAAGGUACGCUUCAUGAUUUUCCAUUCUCAUCUCUCCCUAGUCUUGCAUACCUUGAUCUCAGCAUGAACGAGCUAUUUGGUACAAUCCCUCCUGAAAUUAGUCACCUCUCCAAACUCAAAUAUCUUGAUCUAUCCUUCAAUAACUUUUCGGGGGCAAUCCCACCGCAGAUUGGCCUACUGAUCAAUCUUGAGAUCCUGUCCCUAGCUGAAAAUCAAUUAAAUAGCUUGAUUCCUCCAGAAAUAUGCCAGUUAAAGUCUCUCAGUGCCCUUUCUUUGUUCGCCAAAAAUCUCCGUGGCUCCAUUCCUGCUUCUUUAGGUAAUUUGAGCAACCUGAUUUACUUGUAUCUCAAUGAUAAUGUGCUUUUGAAUUACAUUCCAGCAUCUUUGGGCGAUUUAAGCAACUUGGCUUAUUUGGCCCUUUAUAAUAAUCUGCUCUCUGCCUCCGUUCCACCAGAAAUUGGAAACCUUAGCAAUUUACUUGAACUUGAUAUAAGUAACAAUAGUUUAACAGGUCCCAUUCCUUAUAGUGUUGGAAACCUUGAAAUGCUAACAUUGUUGCAAGUGUUUGAAAAUCACCUCAACGGUUCCAUCCCCCCAGAAAUUGGAAAUUUGAAGUUGUAA